UAAGCAUAGAGGGCUGGUACUGUGGCAUCCAGCCUCUUUGUCAUCCUGCUCCAUCGCACUGGCCUAUGGCUUCCAUCCCCAAGUCGCCACAAGGUCCAAGGAUGGCUCCCGGAGCUCCAGCCAUCAAGCUGACUUUCAUUCAGAGGAAGGGGGAAGGAAGGCCAAAAGGAACAUACCUUUCAAUGGAGUCAGCUUCAGUGUAGCAGCCUGCUUGGACAUUCCGCACACUUCUGUUUACAUCUCACUGGCUAGAGCCUAGCCAUCCAAGGUGAAUAGAGGGUCUGUCCCACGGUCAUGUAGGCUUGAGGAGGCCCCACCAUCUGUCAGCCACAGCAUCUAGAACACAGGCUCUGGAAUAGUUACAUCAGGGGAAGAGAGACUGAAGAAUUACAGACCGGCUUUUCCCUGCCUCAGCCCAUCACAUCAUUCUACCUAAUUUCUUUGGUCAGAAUUCAUCACAUGACUCUCCCGAGUUGUAACUGGACUAUCUGGCCUUAUGCUGAAUGCUGGAUAUAUAGAAAUAAAGUGUCCUUCAAGAAACCCAUGAGCACAUCUGUGAGAGUUCUGUGACAUCCUGGCAUGAGCUAUGUGCAAGAGAAGUGAGGCAGACCUCGAUUGAUUGCACUUCACAGAUUCUGCGUUUCUGUCAACAUGCAGGCAAGAUCUUCCACCAGCAAAAAGAUGACUUGCUGAAGGCUCAGAGGAUGGUUAGCAUAGUUUAGCAGUAAAGUAUUUUUCAUUAAGGAGCUCAUGAAAGACUUCUUAGAGAAGAGGGAUAAGGGACAACUUCUCAUACAGAGAAACAGAAGACUAAAACAGAAUCUUCUGAGACCGAUGCAGCUUUCCGUAUCUGAGGAUGGAUACGUUCACAUCGGCGACAGCGUGAUGCUUGUGAAUCCCGACUAUCCUGAGAUGGAAGCUGAUCUGUUUCUCAGCGGGGACCUGAGCCUGUGUUUGACUCCAGAUGAGAUCAGAGCCCAUCUGAGUGAUGAAUUUGAGGUGCCCUGUGGCCUGAGUGCAGCGCCAACCAAGAUCCCAGUUGGCAGAAACACUUUUGUCAUUUUGAGUGCAGACAGAGAGACCAUCGGCCAAGUCCUUAGGUACGGGCAGAACUUUUGCCUUGGGACCACAGGGGGAUUUGAAGGCAGAAUGUUAUACUUAUCAAGUGACCACAGGACCCUACUGAAGUCAUCUAAGAGGUCCUGGCUCCAGGAGGUGUACCUGACAGAUGAGGUCUCCUACCUGAACUGCUGGCAGGCUGCCUUCCCCAACCCUGAGCUUCGCCUCGAGUAUGAAGGCUUCCCCGUCCAGGCAAAUACCAAAAUUCUCAUCAAUCACUGCCACACAAAUCAGGGGCUAGUGGUCCACCGGCAUCUUUUCUUAAGGACCUAUUUUGGAAAGGAAGCAGAGGUCGCUGCUCACACACACCUGGAUUCGCACAGGGUGGAAAAGCCGAGGAACCACUGGAUGUUGGUGACGGGGAGUCCCAGGAAGGACUCUCCCACCAUGUUGGAUGUGCCCAAACCACCCGUGGAGGACACCUGUGCCCUGGAGCAGGUGGCUGACCCAGGGGCCCAGUGACACACCAGGUGUGCUCUCAUCCAAUGUGGCUUUUCAAGAAACCAACAGUCUUGGUCAUGUCUUGCACUGUUUUUAAGGUUCAGAGUUCUCUGAGCACUGUAUUGAAAUAAGACUUUAUGAAGAUUAUUGAAUUAGUGGUGGGGGGGGUCUAGGACACAAAAAAAUUAUUACUGGGAAUAGUUCAGAAAUGGUAUUUGAAAGUGACAGGUGAAUUCCUUUGUCGGUGACAAAAUUCUGAAGAACUCAGCUCCCUCUGUUUAGAUCCUAUGUAGCAGUGGCAUCUACAAUUGUGUGUUACCUUUUAAAGUUGUGUCUGUAAUAAAGCUCUUGGCCUGUUCUGA